UGAGCUGCCAUCCUUCUCUCAAAGCCCAAAGCCUUUCUUUCACACACACUUGAUAAAAACUCUUCCCUCGCAACCGAGUGCUCUUGUUCACAUUCUCGAUCAAAACCCAAAUAGAAGCCAAGCAUGGGUUUUCGUCUGCCUCGGAUGGGUCAUGCUAAGAGGUUUCUGCAAUGGUCUAGUCUGACUACAGAUGAAAUGACUUCAGCGGCCCGAACCGGGAGUGUCCCAAAAGGCCAUAUCGCCAUUUAUGUUGGAGAAACCCAGAACCAGAAGAAGCGGUUCGUGAUUCCCAUUUCCUAUUUGAAGCAUCCGUCGUUCCAAGACCUGCUAAAUCGGGCUGAAGAAGAAUUUGGCUUCCAUCAUCCAAUGGGCGGUCUUACAAUUCCCUGCCGAGAAGAUGUCUUCAUUAGCCUCGCAUCUCGUUUGAAAGGCUUAUGAGGGAGACGAGAAAGCAAAAUCUACAAUUUUGUAAUCAGUGAAUAACCAUUUUCAUGUACAUAGAUUUUUUUUUUUUUUUUCCAUUCCAAGGUCGAGAAAAAGAUGCCCUUGAUCGUAUCAUUGAAUAGAAUUUUCUCUUCUUCUCUUUCUACA